GGAAUAUUGAGUCAAUCACUGAAGGACGUAGUUGCUCAACGCGCCCUGUCGCUCUGAAGUCCUCAGCCUAUAAAACAGCUGCCCUCUGCACAGUAACAAAAAUUAAACUCGAGAACGAAACGAAGACAUGAAGACUUUCAAUCUGUGCACUCUGCUGAGCCUGGCACUCACAGCUUACUGCAUGCCAGUAUCACAGGUUACUGUGGAAGAUGAGGAACGUGCAGAGAACUACUUAAAGAAAUUCUACAACCUAACAGAGGAGACUACUAACGGGCGGGGGGUCAGCCCAGUGAGCAGGAAGCUGAGUGAGAUGCAGAGAUUCUUUGGUCUCCAGAUCACCGGGACGUUGGAUGUUGACACCGUGGCAAUCAUGAAGAAGCCUCGCUGUGGUGUUCCAGACGAAAAUCUUGCCCGUUUCUCCACGUUUGGACAGUACAAGUGGCAGAAAAACAGCCUUACCUACAGGAUAGUGAACUACACUCCGGACAUGUCUGUGUCAGAGGUAGAUGAUUCUAUAGAAAGAGCUCUGCAGGUUUGGGCCAAAGUCACUCCUCUGAGAUUCACCAGAAUCUACAGUGGCACCGCUGACAUCAUGAUCUCCUUUGGCCGCCAAUCACAUGGUGAUUAUUACCCCUUUGAUGGCCCUGACGGUACUCUUGCCCAUGCAUUCGCCCCAUCCCCUGGCAUUGGUGGAGAUGCUCAUUUUGACGAGGAUGAGGACUUCACUUUCCGUUCAAACACAGGCUACAUCCUCUUCAUGGUGGCUGCCCAUGAGUUUGGCCACUCCCUGGGCUUGUCUCACUCUGAUGAUGCUGGUGCUCUCAUGUACCCUGUGUACACAUACAGAAAUCCUGACACCUUCAUCCUACCCCGGGACGAUGUCAACGGCAUCCAGUCUCUCUAUGGCCCAAGCCCUGAUACGGAUUCCUCUGGAAAGGAACCACUGCCCCCCACCACUCCUGAUGCCUGUGAUUCAACCAUGGUCUUGGAUGCUGUCGCCACCCUGCGAGGAGAGAUGUUCUUCUUCAAGGACAGCUUCUUCUGGCGGAGCUACCCUCAGAGCAGCACACCUCAGCAGAGUCUCAUCACAAACUUCUGGCCCGAUGCCCCCUCAAACAUUGACGCUGCUUAUGAAAGCCGAAGCUCAGACAAAGUCUAUCUCUUUAAAGGAAAGAUGGUUUGGGCUUUCAGUGGAUAUGAUCUUGUAGGCGGCUAUCCUAAACCAAUUUCCAGUUUUGGUCUGGCCAAAAGUGUGGAGAAAAUUGAUGCAGUCUUUCAUGACGUGGACACUGGCAAGACUCUGUUCUUUGUAGGCAGCGAUUACUACAGGUAUGAUGAGGUCAGAAAAACUAUGGACCAGGGAUUCCCCAAGCGAGUGGAUGAGACUUUCUCCGGACUGACCGGCCAGGUGACUGCAGCCUUCCAGUACAAAGGUUUUACCUACAUCUACAGUGGAAAAUACAUGUUUGAGUACAGCCUGAGGUCCGGGAGGCUGUUCCGCGUGCUGAACAACAGCUACUUCCUGCGCUGCACUAACUUCUAAACUACUUUAUAUGUUGUUCAUAUGACCACCUUGAAUGAGGAUGAAGGAAACAGAGUUAAUUGGACUGCUUUUAUCCAGCAUUUUUCUACUCUUAGCACCACUCAGAGCAUUAAAUCACCUGCUACUGGGGUUAGGGUAAGAUCCAAAUGUCUAUAAUUUAUAAUAAUAUAUUUUAUAAUUUAAACAUGUGAUGUUACACAUUACAGAGUAUAUACUGGAUAAAUACUCUUCCUCAGAAAACAGCUGAAAUAUUACUUUUUAAACUCAUUGCUUAUUUAUCUGUAUUCAUCUCAGGAUAUGAAUGUCAUAUGCACUGAUUAAUUAUUGCUAUUGUUGCUGUUAUACUUUUUUAUUGAAUGUAUUUUAACUGUGGAACUUGAAUUCCCCUUUCUUUUGAAACAUUGUUAUUUCCAUUUGCACAUGUAUGCACACAUUUGUACACCACUGUGAAACAAAAUAUGAAUGCAUGUAUGGUAACAUCUCAAAAGACAAGUGUGAAAAGGUAUAUAGAAAUUAAUUGAAAAAAAAAAGUUAAAAAAAAACAUUUCUAAGUAUAUUUUGUUGUAAUUUUACAUAAGCAGAUCAAAACAUCCUGUUUGCCAUUGCAAGUGCAUUUACUUAAUAACACUGAGAAUAACCUAAGUUAGAGUAUAUAAAGAACAAUUAUGCUACUUCACACCUAAAUGUCUUGAUCAUGAAUGCCACCGAUGUGAGGACGAUACAUUGUUUUAAUAUUCUGGCGUUAACAAAGACAAACUUAAAGGUGGGGUAGGUAAUUUUGGAGAAACCAGCUCGAGUGCGCUAGAAUUUGAAAAUACACAGCCGGAAAAAAUCUGCCACUUCCUUACAGAGCCCCUCCUGGAUGUAAAGAAAACAUGUCAUAUGCAUUACUUAUUGGGAUACUUCAGUCAUUACAAUGCAUCCCCAAGGGACAAAGAAUAUUCUACUGAAUCUAACUGCGAUCCAACCAAAAAGUUGAGAUAUUUCAGUCUGGAGGAAAGUUGACCCAACAACUGACCAACAGACAAUACCAUCUCUAAAGUCAUGCCAACAUGGCAAAAAACAUUCAAUAUGGAGAGAUGAACAGGUUCUCGAUUAAAAUUCAGAGCAUUAAUUCAGCAUCAAAA